GUGUGAUGUGUGACACAGAUUUUUCUCUUGUUUUUUAUUUUUUUUAUGGAAAAUUUACCAAUAGAAGCUUUUGCCGCCAAAAUAUAUUUACCGCGUAGGCGUUUGUCGAAAAACAAGGAGAAUAAAAAAAUAAAAAGUCGGUCUCCACUUGAACGGUUGGAUACGACGGUAAGUCGUUCAUUUGGAUCUUGGAGUCUUGGACUGUCUUGGACUUGCUUGGACUUGUUCAGAGUGAUUGGCUGGUGCCACUUGGUGCAUAUUUUUGUUUAUAAUUAAUAUCCAACUUAUAUUACGUCUUUUUUAUAAAAUGACAAGCUAAAAUUAUCAACAAUUUAUUAAAAAUAAUUUCAAUUAAAUAAUUAUAUUAAUUAUUUAAUAUAUUUCAAGAUGAUCUCACUUAGAAGAGGAUCAAUAGAGCGAAUUUUAAGGGGAGAACAAGUUGCCAAUACAACUGUUCAAGUAUUGGAUAUUGUAAAGAUUCCUUCAACUGACGGUGAUAGCUAUCAUUAUCGCCUUGAAAUAUCUGAUGGUGAAUUCAAGUAUUCAUUCGCAGCAUUGUCACAAAGCUUAAAUCACCUCGUGAAAGAUAAUAUUAUUGAUCUAUUGGCAAUUGUUAAAUUGGAUGAAUAUUUUAUGUUGAGACGUAAUAUUAACCAAGGAAGACCUGACAAUGUCAUUAUAAUAUUUAGUCUUAAUGUUUUGGUGAAAGGUGACAGAGUACAAUAUAUAAUUGGUCAGCCGAAAAAGUAUGUUUGUUCAUUCAUAAGUGCAUAUGAUCAAUUAAAUUCACUAAUACCACCAAAAAAAAAUAUUGGUGUUGAAAAAGAAGCUUGUUCACCUCCAAAAAUUCCAAGAAUUGAAGAAAAAAAAUUAAAUUCAAGCAAAGCUGAUAGUUCAUCUGCCAAAAUAAAACCAGAUAAUGAAAAAAGUUUAAUUUUUAUGGCUGGCAAAACUUUGAAACCAAUUUGUGAUUUGGAUGAUUCUUCAAGAAACUGGGUAAUCAAAGCCAAAGUUGUUAGUAAAUUUCCCGUUAUGAUAUGGACUAAAGCUAAUGGUUCUAGUGGUCCAAUGUUCAGUUUCAACUUAUUUGAUGAAAGUGGCGCGAUUCGAGUCAGAGCUUAUAACAAUGAGGUAAAUCAAUUUAAUGAUGUAUUUCAAGAAGGUCAAUAUUAUUUUGUAGCUGAUGCACAAGUUAUGAAAAUAACAGAUAGAAAAAACAAUACAACAAAUCAUUUAUAUGAUAUGAAAUUAAUGCCACACACCAAAGUAACUCUCUGUAAUGUUGAAGAAGAAGUUGAAGAAGUUUCAACGAUAAUUAAAAAAUAUAAAUAUAUGCCUCUUGAAAAUAUAAAUGAAUUGGUAGGUGUUAAAAUAAAUGAUUAUGUUGAUGUUCUUUGUGUUAUAAAAAACAUUGACAAAGUUCAAGAAGUAACUAAAAAAACAGGAAGUUUAUUCAACAAAAGAAACGUAAUUUUAAUUGACCAAUCAAGAGCUGAAAUUACUUUAACAUUAUGGGGUCAACAUGCUGUUGAAUUCAAAGCAAAUAAUGGUGAUAUUAUUGAAAUUAAAAAUUCAAAAGUUGGUGAAUAUUAUUAUUCUAGAACAUUGUCAGGUAAACGCAAUUUAAUGACACUUAAUCCAGAUAUUCCAGAAGCUAAAAGUCUACGUAAAUGGUAUGAAAUAUAUUCAUGGUGUUCACUCACAGAAGGAAUUAACAAAAGCCUCCAAUCAAUAUAUAAAAUGCCUGAACCAUUUAUUUCUAAAGUUGAAAUAAAAUUUAUUGAUAAAGAAAAUAUUAUUAAUAAAACUUGUCCAUCAAAAGAUUGUCUUGAAAAAGUUUUUCAAAAGAAUGGUAAAUACACUUGUUUCAUGUGUAAAACUAAUUGGGAUAAUUAUGAACCACGACUAUCAGCUAAGUUAACUGUGUGUGAUUGGUCAUCAGUAAUUUAUACAGUAGCACCUAAUGAUGUCGUUGAAAAAAUAAUUGGAUUAUCUGCUGUUGAAGUUGAUCAACUACAACGUGAUGAUAAAAAUAAAAUUAUUAAAAAACUUGCUGAUGUUUCAUAUCAACCAUAUCAAUUGAAAAUGAGGAUAAAAUAUGAACAAAAUAGCUAUCCUCAGUUGGAUGUAACUGUUGUUGAUGCCAAUCCAGUCAACUACAAGACAUACAACACUUAUUUGCUUGAGCGAAUCAAAAAUCAUAUGCGAAACAAGUAACUUAAUUUUUUCAUUAUUAUUAAUUAUCAUUCAUUCAUUUAUUAUAUUUUUUUGUUUUUUUUUUUUUUUUUUAUAAAAUCUUGUUUAUUUAAUUUUUUGGAAAAAAAAUGUUAACAAUCUAUAUAAUUGGUAAAAAAAUUCAUAACUAUUUUCAUAUUUUAUAAUUUGGAAUAACAAGAACAAUACAAAAUUUUUUUUUUUUUUUUAUAAAUAAUUAAUCUAUAAAUUUGAUCAUUAUAUGGCAAAUAGAAAAAAAAAAAAAAAGAAAAAAAAACUUUGGAAUAAUUUUUAAGUUUCAUGAUUUUUGAUUAUUGUCAUUUCACAUUAUUAUAACUUUAUUGUCUUAAUUAAUAUUAUUUAAAUUGAGUUUGCUGCAAAUUUUUUCGAUCUUACAAGAUCCCAACUAAUUGAUGAUGAGUCUUUAAUUGUGCAAAGUUC